AUGACGCAACAGUAUCAGGACUCCUCCACCUUGACGUCACUGUAUGAGGACUCCUCCACUAUGACGUCGCUGUGUCAGGACCCCUCCACCUUGACGUCACUGUAUGAGGACUCCUCCACUAUGACGUCACUGUAUCAGGACUCCUCCACUAUGACGCCACUGUAUGAGGACUCCUCCACUAUGACGUCACUGUAUCAGGACUCCUCCACCUUGACGUCACUGUAUGAGGACUCCUCCACUAUGACGUCGCUGUGUCAGGACCCCUCCACCUUGACGUCACUGUAUGAGGACUCCUCCACUAUGACGUCACUGUAUCAGGACUCCUCCACUAUGACGCCACUGUAUCAGGACUCCUCCACUAUGACGCCACUGUAUCAGGACUCCUCCACUAUGACGCCACUGUAUCAGGACUCCAUCAGUGGCCAAUCACAGUCUAAAGCAGUUACCCCAAUUAGUCUAACUCAACAAACUCCUGGCUUAACUUCCGGGUUGUUCCUCUCUCCUACGGGCUUCGUGUUGUUGUUCCCGUCACUAUUCAUUACUUACACUGUGGAAAUCUACUUCUCCUGGCUAGCUGUUCACCUGUCAUAUAAAGUUG